AUGGCUUGGAUCAGGUGGGGUUUUUUGCUCUGUGCAUGUGUAUUUUUGUCACCGGCGCUCGAUGCCGCUGAAAAGAGCAGGCUGAGGAGAAUCACAUACGUACUGCGCCCCGGCCAGGCGGGCUCCCGGCUGCAGAGCUCGGCUCCUCUCGGGGGCCAGCAGCAGCAGCACACUUUUAACGUCGAGCUGAAUACCCGGUACAGCACCGGCACCCUAGAGCGGACUCGCAGGAUGAGCAAACCGGGAAGUCCCAGCGUGCAGCUCCGCUUGGGCUCCAGCCUGCAGCUCCAUCACAAACCCGGUGGCCCCGCAGCCCCCCUCGCCAAGCCAGCCAGGCUGGCUCAGCGCUCCAAACUGCAGCAACGGGAGACCCGCAGCAACAGCAGCUCCAGCCCGCAGGUUCACCAGACGCACCCGCUGCAGGGGGUGAACGUCUGUGGAGGACAGUGCUGUCAUGGCUGGAGCAAAGCUCCUGGCUUCCAGAGGUGUACCAAACCUAACUGUUCGCCACCAUGCCAAAAUGGAGGGAUGUGUCUGCGACCUCAGCUUUGUGUGUGUAAACCAGGGACGAAAGGUAACUCCUGUGAGGAUACUGUCGUGCAAGAUACUUCUUCCACCGGAGGUCAGGGCCCUGUGACUCCACCAUGGCCAAUUCCUCAGCAGGCUGCUCAGCAGACUUUCUCUCAGAAGGUACAGGUUCCACAGAAAGUCAGCCCGGUGGCUCAGAUGAUGUUCACUCUCAAGCAGAAGUCCCCUGUUGGAUUACCUCAGCAACUGCAAUCGCAAAUGAUUCCCCUUUCAUCUCAGACUUUGAUGAUGAAUCUUCAUCAUGGCCAGACACAAGAAUAUGUGAUCAAACCCAAAUAUUAUCCCGCAAAGAAAGUGAUUUCUGGAGAACAAUCCGCUGAGGAUUCAUUGCCUCUAAGAAUGGGCCAGGAUCAACUUGCAUCACCUUUCCGUUUGGGAAAUCACACUGGCCGCAUCAAGGUGGUCUUUACGCCCAGUAUCUGUAAAGUGACUUGUACCAAGGGCAAUUGUCAGAACAACUGUGAGAAGGGAAAUACCACCACCCUCAUUAGUGAAAAUGGCCAUGCAGCUGACACCCUGACAGCCACAAAUUUCCGAGUAGUUAUUUGUCACCUUCCGUGCAUGAAUGGUGGCCAGUGCAGUUCUAGAGAUAAAUGCCAGUGCCCUCCUAAUUAUACUGGUAAACUCUGUCAAAUUCCAGCAAAGAAUGCCAAUACUCCAAAACUUUACCAUCAACCACAGCAGGCAAGCAAGACCAUUGGAUCACAUGUCAUCCACUCUACGCAUACUUUACCACUGACUAUGCCCAGACAGCAAGGAGUAAAAGUGAAGUUCCCCCCUAACGUAGUGAAUAUCCAUGUGAAACAUCCCCCUGAAGCCUCAGUACAGUUCCAUCAAGUUUCAAGAAUUGACAGCACAUCAGCAGGACAGAAAGUGAAAGUACCCCAGCCAGGACAUCCCCAGGUCUCUUAUCAAGGUGUUCCAUAUCACAAGACCCAGAAAGGAUAUUCUACUUACCCACAUCAGCAACCCACUCCUCAUGUGUUUCCUGUUUCUGCUAAAACUCAGCUUGGGCGCUGCUUCCAGGAGACUAUUGGGACCCAGUGUGGUAAAGCACUCCCUGGCCUAUCAAAGCAAGAAGACUGCUGUGGAACUGUGGGUACUUCCUGGGGCUUUAACAAAUGUCACAAAUGUCCCAAGAAGCCAUUUUACCCUGGAUACACCCAAAUGGUGGAAUGCCCCCAAGGUUACAAGAGGAUUAAUGCUACCUUUUGUCAAGAUAUUAAUGAAUGCCAGCUGCAAGGGGUAUGCCCUAAUGGUGAGUGUUUGAAUACCAUGGGCAGCUAUAGAUGUACCUGCAAAAUGGGAUUUGUGCCAGACCCUACUCUUUCAAGAUGCAUACCUGAUAAUCCUAUGGUCUCUGAAGAGAAAGGGCCCUGUUACCGGUUUGUCAGUGCAGGAAAGCAGUGCAUGCACCCUCUCUCUGUUCAGCUCAGCAAGCAGCUCUGCUGUUGCAGUGUUGGCAAGGCCUGGGGCCCACACUGUGAGAAAUGUCCCCUUCCAGGAACAGCUGCUUUUAAGGAAAUCUGCCCUGGUGGAAUGGGUUAUACGGUUUCUGGCUCUCAUAGAAACAAGCUAUAUCAUCACCCUGCAGUUAGAGUACAGCCACCUGUCAUUGGCAAGACCCAGAUUACUCAACCUGUUGCUAAAGGUACUUCUCCUCCACCUCUCCCAGCAAAGGAAGAGCCAGUGGAGGCACUGACCUUCUCACAGAAAAGUGAGCCCGAGGUGGCUGUGCAAGAAGUGGCAACUGCAGCCCCUGAUAAGGAAUUAGUUUCACUUGAUGAUCAAGAAAAACCUGUGCUAGAGCCUGGUCAACCUCAGCUUUCUCCUGGGAUUUCAACGAUUAACCUGCAUCCAAAAUUUCCAGCAGUGAUUGAAAAAACCUCCCCUCCUCUGCCUGUUGAAGUUGCCCCUGAAGCUUCUACUUCAAGUGCAAGUCAAGUAAUUGCACCUACUCAAGUUACAGAAAUCAAUGAGUGCACAGUGAACCCUGAUAUCUGUGGAGCAGGACACUGCGUUAAUUUGCCUGUGGGAUACACCUGCAUCUGCUAUGAUGGGUACAAGCUGAAUGAUCAACAGACAAAAUGCUCUGAUAUCAAUGAGUGUGUUCAGACUCCCCAUCUAUGCUCCCUUGGGCACUGUGAAAAUACAGAAGGGAGUUUCCUGUGCAUUUGCCAAGCAGGAUUCAUGGCCAAUGAAGAAGGAACAGAAUGCAUUGAUUUUGUUGAAGGUUUGAGACCUCACAUCUGUGGGGAAGGCCUCUGUGUAAAUACAAUUGGCUCAUAUAAAUGUGAAUGUUGAGACAGCGGAUGCUGAAUGAAAGGACAGGCCAAUGUGUCGGAGAAUAUUGACGAAUGCCUGACCCAAAGUAUUUGUCCAGAUGAACAAUGCAUUAAUGGUCCUGGCUCUUACCAAUGCGUUCCUUGCACAGAUGGAUUCAGAGGCUGGAAUGGACAGUGCCAUGAUAUAGAUGAAUGUCAGUAUGGCAAUCUCUGUACAAAUGGACAUUGUGAAAACAUCGAGGGAUCUUUCAGAUGUACUUGUAGCCAAGGUUAUAAACUAUCUGCAGCAGGGGACCAGUGUGAAGAUAUAGAUGAAUGCCAACAUCAUCAUCUCUGCACAAAUGGGAAUUGCAGAAACACGGAUGGGUCUUUCAGAUGUAUUUGUAGCCAAGGUUACACAUUAUCAUCUAUGGGAGACCAAUGUGAAGACAUUAAUGAAUGCCUUCAAGACAGUGAUAUUUGCCUUAGAGGAAACUGCAUUAAUACUGAAGGUUCUUAUGAGUGCACUUGUCCAGAUGGCUUCCAGCAGAUGGCCAACAGGGGAUGUCAAGAUAUAAAUGAAUGUGAAGGAUCUGAACUCUGUUUGCCACAUGGGGAAUGCCUAAAUACAGAUGGUUCUUUCCUUUGCAUUUGUGAGCAAGGCUUUUCAGUUUCUACAGAUGGCCAAACAUGUGAAGAUGUUGAUGAAUGUGUUAACAACACUCUAUGUGGCAGUCAUGGGUUCUGUGAAAAUACACCUGGUUCCUACCGCUGCCUCUGUUACCAGGGGUAUCAGGACCCACAGGAUGGGCAAGGGUGUGUGGAUGUGAAUGAAUGUGAAAUGCUGAGUGGGAUAUGUGGUGAAGCCUUCUGUGAAAACGUAGAAGGCACCUUCCUGUGUCUCUGUUCCAAUGAAAACCAGGAGUAUGAUCCAAUGACUGGACAAUGUCGCUUCCACACAUCAACAGAUUUACCAGUAGAUGUUGAUCAACCUGAAGAUGAAAAGAAGGAAUGCUACUACAAUCUAAAUGAUGCUAAUUUCUGUGAUAAUGUGUUGACAUCCAACAUCACCAAACAAGAAUGCUGCUGUACUUUGGGUGCAGGCUGGGGUGAUAACUGUGAAAUCUUCCCAUGCCCCGUCUUUGGAACUGCUGAAUUUACUGAUCUGUGUCCUGAAGGAAAAGGUUUCAUCCCCUCUGGUGAUUCAUCAUAUGGAGUCAUUACACAGAAAUACAAAGAUGCAGAUGAAUGCCUGCUCUUCGGACAAGAAAUCUGUAAAAAUGGCUUCUGUCUGAACACACAGCCAGGUUAUGAGUGUUACUGUAAACAAGGCACAUACUAUGAUCCUGUUAAACUCCAGUGCUUUGAUACAGAUGAAUGUCAGGACCCAAACAGCUGUGUGGAUGGCCAGUGCAUUAACACUGAAGGAUCUUACAACUGUUUCUGUACCCAUCCGAUGGUUCUGGAUGCCACAGAAAAGCGAUGUAUCAGACCAACAGAUUCAAAUGAACAAACUGAAGAAACUGAAGUCUACCAAGAUCUUUGCUGGCAACAUCUGAGUGAGAAUUUAGUUUGUAGCCGGCCUCUGGUUGGAAAGCAGACUACAUACACUGAGUGCUGCUGCUUAUAUGGUGAGGCCUGGGGCAUGCAGUGUGCGCUCUGUCCCAUGAAGGACUCAGAGGAUUAUGCCCAGCUGUGCAAUGUUCCAGUUCCAGGAUCUCGACGACCAUAUGGACAAGAUGCUUUGGUUGACUUUGAGGAACACUAUACCCCAGAAACUGAUCCAUUCUUUGUUGAAGACCGUUUUCUGAACAGCUUUGAGGAGUUACAAGCAGAGGAGUGUGGCAUUCUGAAUGGAUGUGAAAAUGGCCGGUGUGUGAGAGUCCAGGAAGGCUAUACUUGUGAUUGCUUUGAUGGCUACCACUUGGACAUGGCCAAAAUGACUUGUGUUGAUGUGAAUGAAUGCAAUGAACUGAACAGUAGGAUGUCUCUCUGCAAGAACGCCAAGUGCAUUAACACAGAAGGUUCGUACAAGUGUUUGUGUCUGCCAGGCUAUGUACCUUCAGACAAGCCAAACUACUGCACACCACUGAACUCAGAAAUAGACAGUGAACUGGAGUAG